UCCUAAGUAGUUGCUGUUGGGUGGUGUCUUCGCUGCUUAGGUGACACGUAACUAAAGUUAAAGGUGCUGUUUUAAGGCCUAGGAAAUAUCUGGAUUUUGACUUCUGCUACAGGGCUUGGCAAAGUCUGAACGCAUUGCACUGUUACAUCAUAUCUGGGUUUGUUUCGGAAUAGAGUAGUGCGCAUUGUUUCUACAUUACCCACAUUAACAACGUCAGCUUCUCAUGAAAUAUCGGAGAGAGUUUGCUGUGUGUAGUGUAGUCAAGCAAAAAUCCAAGGAGAAGUAACAACAAACUGGGAUUCCUUCGUGGAUGUGGCUACACCGUGUUGUGGGCUAAAAUGAGUCCAACAUCUUCACUAAACUUCCCCCAACUCUAAAGUGUUUAUUCGCCCUCUGUCUAAUAAUGCUUGGGGACGACUGAAGUGAUAAGGGGCUUGAGAGGUAGUAGUAAAAAGUUUAGCUGAACUUUCCAUAGAAGUGACCGGGAGAUUGUUUGUGCAGGCAGCCGGGAAAGGAGCUAUUCAACCAUGGGGAACGGAGUGUGUUCUCGGAGGCAGCGGAGAAUCUUCCAGUCUCUCCUUCUAAUCACCGUGGUUUUCGGGAUUAUUUACGGGGGGAUGAUAUCGUAUGAGAUGCACAAACAGCUGAAGAGGACAGAGGCGAUGGCUGCCAAGUACCAGCAGCAUCAGGAGUCGCUCUCGGCGCAGCUUCAAGUGGUGUAUGAGCCUAUUAUCAGGAGGAGCCCAGACGGGGAUUGUAAACUGAACAAGGAGAAGCAGGACUCCAGCAGCAGAUUGAACUCAUUACAUGGGCAGCACCAGAUGCUGAAGAAGCAGCAUGAGGACCUAAAGAAGCAGCACUAUGAGCUGCAGGAGCAGCAUCAGAUUCAGGGAGAGGACCACGGCAAGGCCUUGGACGAACACAAGGACCGCUUCGACAAACUACAGCAGACCAAAGAGAUGGAAGCCUCCAAACUCAAAGAGAAUGUGUAUAAUCUGCGAGAGGAGAAUAGGCAGCUGAGGAAAGCUCACCAGGACAUCCAUGUCCAAUUGCAGGAUGCACGGAUAGUACAUAAGGACUUGAAGGCUGCCCAUGAUCAGCUUGCACUGACGCUAGAGGACCACAAGAGUGCGCUGGCUGCAGCUCAGGUCCAGGUAGAUGAAUUUAAGCAUCUCAAAGAGACCCUGAUCAGAAUGCCCAGCCUUCGACAUGGUCAAAACCCCACCCACCAACAGGCCCAGCCUGCUGCUCUAUUGGCCAAGGCCCAUGAACAGGGCCCACCCCUACCACAUCCAGCUGCCUUAUUGGCUGAGCCCCACAUAGAAGCACACACCCACGAGGAAGACCAUGGGGACACACAGUCUAGGUUGCAUCUGCAGGAGGAGCCAGAGUUCCAGUCUCAGCCUGCCGGGUCCCACCAUGCAGAGAAGGAGAAAGAGGGAUAUGGAGAGACUGAGGGGGAGGCAGAGAGGAGUAGAGAGCUGGGGGAGGCAGAGAGGAGGAGAGAGCUGGCGGAGGGGGAGGCGGAGAGGAGGAGAGAGCUGGCAGAAGAAGAGAUGGAGCAGGCGGGGCAGCCUCAGAAGCUGGAGGAGGAAUCUGAACAACCACAGGAGGACGAGGGGUUGGAGGCAGAACACGACCAGCCAGACAACAACGCUCUGAACCGCCAGAGACGCCAACCACAACAGGAUCCACAAAGUGACAUCCAUCUCGUCCCUGAGACCCACCUCCAGCAGGAGGCCCACGUGGAGCGUGUGAAGUCUGCCUACGAGCAGCAGCAGCGCCUGGAGGCUGAGCGGGCCCAGAGGACGAGGGAGCUCCAGCUGCGCCAGAAGGCCCUGCAGGCCCAGAAAAUGAGCGUGCAGAGGGAGAGAGAGAUGCGUCUGCGAGCUCAGCACGAGAGAGAGGAACAGCACCAGCAUCAAGAGGAGGCCCGUCGGGAACAGCUACUGAAGGAGGAGCAACUCAGGAAGAAGAGUAACUAUGAGAACACAAACAAUGACAUCGUCCAGGGUGAUGAAGAACCUCAUAUUGAUGAUGACGAAGAGAGGGACACCCACUUGGAGAAGGAGAAUCAAGAGGAAGAGGACCACCGAGUACCACAGCGACAGGGGGCAGUAGAGAGGGAGGUGGACCCAGAGGAUGACCCUAAUAACCAGGGGGAGGAUGAGUUUGAUGUGGCAGAGGAGCAGCAUCUUCAGCACAGGGAGGAAGAGGAGGCAGACAUACAUCUCAACCCCAAUCACCCAGCCAUAGAUGAGGAACUGGUGAUGGCGGUAAACCCCGACCAGCAGGAAGACAACCUGGAUGACCAGUAUCCGGAGGAGGACGAGGUGCAGGAGGAUUUGGCCGGGGGGCAGAAGAGGGAGGAGGAGGAGGAGCCAUACAACGAGGAGAAAGGAGAACACGAGGAAGUGAAAGACCAGGAGGUCCCAGCAGGAAAAGAGGGAGAACACAGAAAGGAAGAAGAGCUCAACGAGGAAGAGAACUACGAGGAAGAGGUGGGGGUUGGACAGGACAAGCGGCCCAAUCGAAGGGAGAUGUGAGAUGAAUAGAGACAUUGACCAAUGAGAGUGCCUUUCCCCAUCACUGGGAGCCAAUCAGAUCUCUCUAAGUCACCCACUUGGCAUUCCAUUCUGUGUUGGACUGGAACUGAUGAACUUCUGAACAUAAUUAUUGUACUGGAACUGGGAAUACAAUCUAUAAGUCUGUCAGUCCAUCCAGUGACAUCAGACAGACAUGAGAAGGUCAUGUUACUGUAUGCUAUUUGUUUGUGCCCAGAUUGGAGGUUUGUCUAUUUGACUGUCAGGCUUUAGUUUUUAUCACAGUUGUAUUUACUGUUUCGUUUUUUUACAGCAAAUUCCUCUCAAUGUAUGUUUAGUAGGACCUGCUUUCCAAUCUUCUGUUUAUUUAUUAUAGAUAUGAUGAUCGUUAUGGGUGGAGUUGAAAAUGUUUUUUCCAACGUUCUCAAAGCUCUAUGAAAGUAAUUGUCAUUACUGCAGGAGAAACCUACACGAUCAUUGAUGCCAAUAAUAGUAAAAAAACAACAAAAAAACA